UUUAUGUCAGGAUACACUCAACCAAUUUUUACAUUGCAGCUCUUGUUACAAAUUAAAAUAAGGAAUGGAUUACCUACCUUUGAUUCAAGAGAAUCUCGACAUCCACGAAGUUUCCCCAACGCUUAGAAAAGCCUUCCAGGAAACUUUGAACGGUCAGAUUUACCCGAAGAAAACCGCCGAACAAUUCGUUUAUUCCAUUAAAGAUGAAGACUCGACGAUCAAACACACUGCUAAUAGAGUAUUGGAGGUUCAUAAGGAAGCUCAGAAAGCUGAGGCGAAGAGCAAGCUGGCCUCGAUCGACCUCAUGUACCAGCAGGCGAUGUACAUGAUACAAAAAGACAAAAUCGACCGUUCGGCCGAGUUGCGGGAGAACAUCAAAUUGAAACGAUGCACUCUCUUUAAGCAUCUAGAGGAAGGCUUCGUUAAGGAGUUCAAUUUGAUCAGAAAGUCGGAUUUGCUGCCCGACAUGAUCCACAGAUAUCUAGAUUUCAGAAACUUCGAACAUACCGUGUGUCCGGCUUGCAAGGAGAAAAUCGCGACGAAGGAGAUUAAACAGAAACUGAAUUUGGAUAUAAAAAAUAAUUUCCAAUCAGAUACAGUCACGUUAUUGAAGAAGUCUACCAGCUAUGAAGUCGAGCCCAGCUCUUUAAUAUUUCAUAACUACCAAGUAGGAGAAGUGUAUAAAAAAAACAUCAAAAUCAUCAACAUCAGUGGCAAAACCCAAUCCAUAGCCAUCAGGAGCCUUCCAACCACCCCUUACUUUUCGGCGAUCAUAAUCGAUAACCAACGAUUGGCUCCGGGAAUGAGCGUGAUGCUAACCAUUACCUUCAAACCGAAAAUAUACGUAAUCGUAGAUGACAAAUUAGAGCUGAAGAACAAAGAAGGUGAGACGGUCGAGGUGCUGUUGAAAUGCACGCGAGACGUGCCGAAAUUGGUGAGUUGCAUCUUCAAAUCCACGUCGAAUUUGUUGGAGAGCUGCGCGCCGGAGAAGGUGGAUUUCGUGCAGAAGAGACGGGAGGCGUUGAACUACACGAUCGAUUGCGGGAGCUGCUUGGUCAGCCAGUACAUCCUCAUUUCCAUGGUGUUCGAAAACCGGGGCAACGACGGAGCGUUCUUCAUCAUAACAGAAGAGGAUUGGUACUUUCAAAACGUGGAAACGAUUUCGACCAAUAUGGAGCUGUUUAAAGGACCGUUUUGGAUAUAUCCCACGUAUUUCGAAGUAUGUAAGGACGAUUUGGUGGAAGUUAACAUCAUCUUUCAACCGUACAAACCCGGUCUGCAAGUGGAAACGUUGUUCUUGAUUUGCAAUAACAAUUCAUUUCAACAAAUCGAGCUGGUCGGCGAUGCUUUGGAAUUUUCACCCAGUUUCAUAGAAAUUGACGUACCACCAAAGGAUACACACAUCAACGAAAUGAAAAAUUAUUGCGUGUAUUUUGAAAAUUUGAAGAACGACGAACCUCAAUAUCUAACUGUAAUUGUUCGUAACAAAAGUCAAAUAGCUUUGACCUGCGAAUGGAGAUUCAGGCACACGCCCAAAGAAGGAAUCAACGACAUGCCGGAUAACUGGAUAACCUCGAAUUGCACUCUCACCCAUCUACACCCGUGGGGAUAUUUGACGUACGAAUUUAAAAUCAACGCCAACACGAACAUUAACGGUUAUCAUAACAUUUUUUUCUGUUUGUACGUUACGAAUUUGCCGGCGAUUAGUUUGAUGGAAAACGAGGAACUCACCAUUGUAGAAUGCGACGAUGUAGCUGGAAAAACGCUCAGCCAAGCGGUGGACGUGUUAAUAACAGAAUUCGAAGUUUGCGCCAUGGUCAACAUAGAUCCUCCGAAAGUUUACUGCGAUUGCGCUUGUGAUGCUCCUGUUGACUUGUCGACGAACAUGGGAUUUUCCUGUCCUGUUUUAAACUUCGGGAUCGUGCCGUCCGGGCUCAACGUCCAGAAGCACUUCUACAUCAGGAACGACAGGAACUUCGAUCAGAACUGGUCGAUCCUGGAGGUGAAGUACAAUUUGGACUCGAAGCCGCACAUGGAAGUGAUCAAAUGCAGCCCGCAUUUGACCGAAUCCUCCGGGUUCUGUCGAAGGAGGAGGAACAAAAGGUUGUUUUAUAAAAUAGUCAAUGAGAAGCCGAUCAGUUGGGUGUCUAUAUUGGUGCUGGUAGCAGUGAAUUUGAAGGGUGACUCGACGAUAGAGGAUAUUUGCAUUGUUACUUAUGAAGUUAUUAAUUUCGAUAUCGUCGUGAAAGGCGAUCAAUCCAAAUAUGUAAUUCCUGCUCUAAUGCCGAUGCACGUGAUGUAUAGAGGAAUACCCACGGAACUGAAAUUUGGCGUGGAAAAUCGCAGUCUUAUUACCGGUUACUUCCAAUUUUUCCCCGCAUUUGGAGAAGACAGAGACAAGCUCAUGGUGAAAUUGUCACCGACUUCGUCCGUGAUAAAACCGUUCGAGACCAUCACCAUCACAGCGACGCUUCUCUGCUGCGAAAUCGGAUUCAUACAAAACUUUUUCCUGCCGUGCUUCGUGGGCAUCGGCCAGGAACCGCUGGUGCUGCGGGUGCUUUGCACCGUCGACGGCCCGCACGUUUUCUUCUACCUCCCAGUCGAGAAGAAGAUCUACAAGAAGGUCACCUGGCCGCCUAAAAUACUCUACGAAUACGACACCGAUCCCCUGUGCGUUUGCACUAACAAAGAAUGCUUGAAGUACGAGGACCAGGACGAGUAUUUGGACGACUACGAGGUGCCCUUCGAGAACCUGAUGAACGGCGCGACCAAUCGCACGUACAUCGUGAACGACUUGGACCUCAAGCCGUCGGCCUCCGGGGACACCGAGAAGCUGAUGAAAUCGGAGGAGAGCUCCCGAUCGACCGACUUCACCAGCCGCACUCGCCGAUUGGAGGGCCUCAUCUCCGAGGAAUUCGACACCGACAACAUCCUGCACGACGACAUCGUCGAGGUUCAUUCGGUGCCGAUUUUGACGCCGACCAAAGUCACCAUAUACAUUCAAAAUUUCACGCCGAUCGCUACCAAAUACAAUCUGGAGCCGCAGAAAUUCGUCGAAAAUAAGAAAUUCGAUCACGUUGCUGUUAGACUUCGGUUAAAAAAGCGAGAGGACCUUUGGAAUGACCUGAUGGGCACCGAUUACGGCAUUUUGGUGCAACCAGAAGUGUGCAGCGGGGAAUUGAACGCGUACGGCAGCGCCCACGUGGAUAUAUGGGUAUACGCGAACACUUACGGGAUAUAUUCCGAAGAAAUAGUAGUAGAAAUGGUGGAAAUACCUUCCUACCAUUUCUCCAUGCUAAUCGAGGUGAUAGGAAGCCCGGCGGUGGUGCCAAUGGGCGUCAAUUCCAUUACGAAUUAUCCGACUAUAAGGUUCGGUACGAUUCCUUUCAAAUCCGAGCCGAUCAAACGACAAAUCAAAAUCAGCAACACCAGCUCGAUUCCUAUCCAUAUCUACUGGCACGCUUUGUUGAGGCAACCGAAUGACCCCGGAUACGCCAUCAAUGAGGGUUUCAACAUAUUUUUAGACGAAGCUGGUCAUGAGAAACCGGAGCAGUUAUUUAAUUUGGUGUAUUCCUUGGAAAAUUAUUGCGGCAGAAACGUCAGCGAUUUUUGUUACGUUGAACCGUCGGAAACCGAUAUUGCGGAGCAUUCGAAUGUGCUGGUACAGGUGGUGUUGAGACCGGCGUAUUUGUCCAACUCUUCGGACCUAAUAGAAGCGGCUUGUUGCUUGAUAGGCCACAUUUUUUUAAAACCUGAACAUAAGAUGAAGCCCAAUUAUUUUGUGAGGAAGACCGGCCCGGAUGUGAACAGGAUCAGAAUCGAGGCCACAGCAAGGAUAGAAGAGCCAAAGUUUAAUAUCGAAUUGGGCGAUUCGAACAGCCUGAAAAUCAGAAUGUACGCCAACGAGGUGUUGCUGAAGAAACUAGAGGGUAUAAACGAGUACGGUGUAAUACGCAACCUUGGAGAAUCCCCGUGCUGUCUGGAACUCUCGGUCAACGUCCCGUUUUACUUUAAAACUAAGAAAGGAAAUCUUAUCACGGAAUUGUGCACCGAGGUGGCACCUCUGAGUACAGUUGAUUUAAAUAUCUGUUGUAACAUAAGUUUCGAACAAAUGUUGGCUUUGAGCAAAAUAAUUUACGAGAACUUCACCGAUUCCUUGACGUUUUACGAUGAUUACGGGGAUAUCGCGGACGUGGAUAAAUCGGAGAAAACCAUUGUAAUGCAUAAAGUGAUGAAAAUAAAGAAUAACGAUCAAAUCGAACAGUUUCCUUUGGAAGUGCAUUUAUAUUUUCCAAACAUAUCAGUAUCACCAGAAAUCGUCAAUUUCGGUCAUAUUCUAUUACGUUCGACAAGAAAGCAGAUGAUUACAAUUUACAAUUAUACAGGUUAUACGGUAAAAUUUGAAAUAUAUAAAUCUUCAGGAGCGACUUGUUUCGUCAUAGUGCCGCAUUAUGGAGAAAUUCCCCCGACAUUAGGAAUGAAUUCAGCUUUUAUAAACGUUUUUAUUUAUUUUUCUCCCAAUGAAUGUAAAUUGUACAAAGAGUCGUGCAGAGUUAUCACAAAUAUUCCCAGUUAUUGGAAAGAAAUCGACCUGCAAGGUAUUGGUUCGAUGAACAUGAAAUACGUGAAAGAUUACAAAAUAUAAAUAUUGUAUAAAAUAUACAAGAUAUGAUGAAAUUAUAAUUUGUUAUUUGUAGUUUAAAUCGAAAAAAUGUGUUUUUUUAUAUAAUAACAUGUACAUAUUUCAUUUUUUUACCAAAUCUACAUAGAAAUGACAAUUUUUUAAGAUGCCCUUCAGUAACAUACGUUUUGUUAUCUAAAUAAAUUGUAUUAUCACAUAAUUAGUAAGCAAUUAAGAAAAUUUACAGGCACUUUUUCCAAGUAUAUAUAUAGCAUUUAACAAACAGAACUAUAACAAUAAUAAUAAAAUGUUGAAAUUAACGUUAGCUUUCGCCUUUGUCUGCGCCGCUUUAUUCAUGGAGACAUUAGCAACAACUCCAAGUUCGGAGUUUAGUUGCUCUAAUCCGAAUUUCUGUACGAGAUAUGCAAGCUUUAUAUGCCCACGUAUAGCCCUUGAAUGUCAAGAGGACCAAAUAAUUCCUUCAGGCCCAUGCAAUUGUUGCAGGACAUGCAAAUAACACCGAUUCGAAGAAGCAGUCGCAAAUGUUUUAUUCGAUGUACUAAAAUGUGAAUAAAGAGUCUUUCGUUUAAUUGUUAUUAUAUAUAUUAUACAGGGUGCCCCACGACGAGUUAAAACUAUCCGUAUGUAUACAGGAUGUUCCUAAACAUCGUGCCCAUCCGAAAGAGGGUAAUUCUUUGGCUUAUUUCAUGACUUAAAGUUCAUUUAAACGUAGAUCCGCAAACGCAUCGUUCCCAAUCUACAGGGUGUUGAAAUUUCAAGAUAUUUUUUUUUCUUUAUUGUUUUCUCAAAUUUGUAAUCUAGAUUGUUUUAAAGGGCAUACAUUAUUGGGUAUGUUCCCUGUUCCAUGUUCCCCUUCUCCCCUCAGAACUUUUUUGUUGUGCGCUGCUGGUAGAUUCUAAAAUACAAAGUGAAUUGUCUGUUUGUUUAGAAACUUUUUUUGUUUUAAAACUUUUUUCUUUAUAUGACUGUUAUGGAGUAAAAAUUAAAACGAUUUUCUGUACAAAUGAUUUAUUUUACAAUACAAAAAACCUAAAUAAUAAUUAUUAAACUACAUUAUAACAAAUGUUGAAAGUGACUAUCUCCUACUCAAAUUAUACCCUAGCUGGCCUAUGUUAUACACCAAAUUUGAGCUAAAUAUCUCCAAAACUGCAGGAGCUCUAAAAAAAGCAGAAGAAAAUCUUAAAAUUUCAACACUGUGUAGAUCGGUAACGAAGCGUUUGCGGACCUAUGUUUAUAUGAACUUUUAGUCAUGAAAUAAACCAAGAAAUCACCCCCUUUCGGAUGUGCACGAUGUUUAAGAACACCCUAUAUGCAGACAGUUUUAACUCGUCGCUGUAUAAAAUAUACAUUACCUAUAUCUUUUUCCUAAAGCAGGCAAAGAAAAAUCCGACCGAAUCAAUCGUUUGAUCUGGUCCGAAUCUCUGAACACUGUCUAUUUCUUCCGUUGUUAAAGAAGUACCGCUCCAGCCAUUACCUCCUAGACUUAAACUAGGUUUAAUUAACUCUAUUUGGGAGAAUUUCCUCAAAGCCCAAGCGACUAGUCCUUCAUUUUCCGCUAAUGUAAUUGUACAGGUACUGUACACCAAGGUUCCUCCUGGUUUCAGUAGCUGCACAGCC